AUGUCGUUGGUUCUGCCGGACUGGGUGUCUCACGACAUGGAAGGGGAUGGGCAGGUGACGAAGAGGGUCACGAUAUUCAGCAUACAUGUCCAUCCAGACGGUAGCAGAAUAGCCACAGCUGGCUUAGACUCCAAGAUCAAGAUCUGGGCCACUGCUCCAAUACUCGAUCCCAAAGUCGAGAGCGACAAUGCCGCUAACAGGCUUUUGUGCACUCUGGCACGUCACAGCGGCUCCGUACUAGUCGUGCGCUGGUCUGCAUCAGGCAGGUUCUUGGCUUCGGGAUCAGACGACACGAUCGCGAUGGUUUGGGAUCUGGACCCUACUGGUCUAGCGUCAGGCUCCGUCUUUGGAGCAUCGGAUGCUGAAGCCAACAUUGAAGCAUGGAGACCUCAUCGGCGACUAGCAGCGCAUGAAUCGGACGUCGUGGACUUGGCGUGGAGCACUGAUACGGACGACGCAUAUUUGGCCACCGUGGGACUCGACAGCACAGUGUACGUCUGGUCCGGGCCUAGACCCGGACCCGGAAGCUUUGAGCGAAUCAAGAAAAUCGACGGACACGCGGGUUUUGUGAAGGGAGUGGUUUGGGAUCCUGUUGGUGCAUUCUUGGCUACUGCCUCUGACGACAAGAGUGUGAGGAUUUGGAAUGUAGAAAAAGGCUUUACAGAAGAGGUCGUCGUCACGGCACCUUUCAAGACCAGCCCUAGCACCAUUUUCUUCUCAAGACCGAGUUGGUCACCUGAUGGAGCUCAUCUACUCUGUGCGAAUGGAAUGUCCGGACCGGUGUUCGUGGCCACUGUUGUUGAGCGUCCGACUCCCGAGCGGGGCAGCUGGACUAGCGACAUACACCUCGUCGGCCACGAGAACAGCGUCAUCGCUACUGCGUUCUCACCCAAAUUUUUCAAGUCCAGAGACCCUCAUCCAAACCCUUCGCCAGCGACUGUUCUGGCUCUGGGCUCCUUGGACGAAAGCAUAAGCAUUUGGAUCACUGGACAACAGAGACCUUUACUUGUAUCCAAACACGUCUUUGAAAGGCAACCCAUGGAUCUCAGCUGGUCUUCUGACGGCUUGACACUAUACGCCUGUUCUGCUGAUGGUCGCGUCGCGGCCUUCAUGCUCAACGAAGAGAUCCUCUCUCCUCUAGAGACGGAGGAGAAACUGGAGACAGCUCGAGCUUCCUUCGGAUGGCGCAAAUCCCGACGAGUGCUGUACCAGGUACCGUCUGCCCCUCCUGCUCAGCACAUUGGAUCGGAUGGUACCAAUGUAUUGAUCCCGAGGAGGAGAGGUGUGCCACCAUUGAAUGGGAGAAAUGCUGGCAAUUCAACGCCGGCUGGUAGCACCCCUCAACGUUUGGUCCAAAACAUAACCCGAGAUGCGAAGGGUAGACGAAGGAUUCAGCCAACGUUGGUCGGAAGCGGGUCGAAUCCUGGCUCCGACUAUCAAGCAGCCCUUCGCUCUAGUGACGACAACGCAAUGCAAAUAGACGGCUCACUCCAACACGUCGGACCUUCGCUACUCCCUGCCUUGGGCGGAUACGGUCAACUUUCUGCGGCUCACACCUUUGCGUCCACCUCUGCGACGUUGGCGGAGUUGCUUGAUGCUGAUGCUUCGACGCGACGAGGCAAAGAUGUGGGACGCACACUUGGCGGAGAGUCCUCUUUGAAGCCGCCUGUGCAGGUGAUGAACCUUGGACUUCCAAAGGCUGCACCGUCGCAUUUCAAUCCGCCUUCCAUUCUCUCGUUCUACACUCGAGAAGGCCCUGGAUGCGUCUUUGAAGCGUAUAACUCCAUUAGUGGCAGUGAGUCUCGCGCGUGCGCCUGCAGUUUCGAUGAUGGAAAGAGCAUCGCUUGGAUAGACGUGCUGCAUUCUCCGGUCAUUGCUGCUACCAGCACCUCUUCCUUCACCGCAGUAUCGCUCGAAAAUCGAGAGGUCCUCAUCUAUUCCCAGAAAGGUCGACGCAUGUCGAGCUUCAUACUGGAGCACCACGUCUUCAGAGCGGAGGCUAGCGGCAACACGCUUGUCAUUGUGGAUCUCAAUGCCGAUCUGCGUCGAUGGAAUGUAGAAUUGGGCGAGAGUAUCGGUCAGCUCGUCUCAGUCAAGGGCUUGAUCCAAUCUCCCACCGGUGCAAAUGCGGUCAAGUUCUGGGUGCACGGCAAUGGCUCGCCAGUCUUCAUUCUCUCCGACGAGACCGCUUAUACGCUGAACGCUGCUCAGGCCGCGUGGACAUGCGUCUCGAGUGGUUGGUGGGCUGUGAGCAGCGCGGCAUGGGAUGCGAGAGCAAGAGGUCGCGAGUCGGUCGGCGCGUCUGCCAGCAACAACGACGCCUUGGCUGGCUCGUUAGCCAGAGAACCUGUCAAAUACAUCGAGAGAGCCAUCAACGAUCUUCGCGUAUCGAGUCCAGAUACUGCCAGGCAGUACCCAUCGCUGAUCGUGACCGGGUCUGCGGAAUCGGAAGCAUCAAUCGCUUGCACGCUCCGACACUUGGAGAGCAGGUUGUUGGCUGCUGAGCUUCUCGAGUCACCGCUCGAGUACAGGUCAUUCUUGCAACAGUACGCAAGGAAGCUGUCCGAUGAAGGCAUCAGAAACAUGGCUGAGGAGCUCAUCAAGAGUUUCUUGGGUCCAAUCUAUUAUAAAACGCACGCGCAAGAAACGUGGAACCCGCAGAUCCUCGGUCUCAACAAGCGCGAAUUGUUGGCCGAGAUUCUCAAAAUCAUGGCCAAAUCUAGACUCUUGCCAGGAUUGGUCCAGACGUACGCUGAGCACCUUCGCAACGUUUCGGCCAGAUAAAGAGACGCUGCAGUCGUGCCACAUCACCUCUCAGAGCCGAUCUUCAGCGCUUCGACUCACACCUCCAUUGUACUUUAGCAUCGAUACUUGACUAGCCUUGAUGAUCUGGUGACCUUGUAGUCGGGAAGGAGGGAAAGACUCAAACGUGCUCGAAACAGAUUGCGCGAUCGAUGCGCAAGAU